AGUUCCGGCGAGAGUUCGUGAUUCGCACACCGUCGCAAGAUCGAAAUAUCGCGGAGGGAGAGACGAGCCGGCCGGCAUGCUUGAAAUCUACAACGUGAAAAACAACGUGAAGACACAACACCAGUCAUGAUCCGCGUUCGAAGAAUCACGUGAGUAACGACCUUCGCAUAAAGUGCGCGGAUUAACCUAUUCUCCAUCGGACACUAAUUAGCCCCAAGGUCCAGCUCGCGUGUGCAACCAUCAAUGGAGUCCGCCUCCUAACUACGCAAUUUAUAUAACAUCAAGCCUUCUUGCGUUGAAAAUCAAAGAUGUUAGCUAUGUCCCUCGAUCUUCGGCGUAAAAUUCAGACGAAAACAUAGCGAGUAAAAUUUGCAAACAGGAACAUGGACGCGUUGGCCGAGACGGUGGCCAAGCCGAAGGACGCCGUGCUCAAGUUCGGUCUGCCCAAGUGGAAAGCGAUGUCUCUGGCACAGAAGAUACCCGUGAUGCCCGGCGCGCCGAAGGACACUUAUAAAUUCACGCGACGCCGAUUGGGGCUGAGAUUAUGGGCGGCCAGGCCGAGAGUCGACUUCGACCUGAGCGACCCUUACUGUCGCGAGACCACCUUCGCCUAUGAGCCCUUGCACGACAAGCAUCUGCUAGGAUUCUUCUCGAAGCCGGCUGUUGUCAAGCGUCUGUUAAAAGCCGAUCUUAUCACGGACGAUAUGCACGUGAGGUGCACGUUGCGCGAGUAUAACGCGUACAGGGAAUACCUGAGGAAGAUACACGUCAAGUCUAUCGGAAGGGAACUGAGAAGGAGGAACCGGCUGUUUGUCGAGCAGAGAGCCCUUCGUCGCGCCGACGACCAGGCGCGGAGGGAAGCGAUCAGGUGAGAUUAUUUCUUUAUCGGGAUCGCGACAUAGAAACAUAUGGAUUUAUACAGGGUGAGGAAAAAAUUGAGAAACCCUGAAAGAUCUCGGAAGAUAUUAGGAAUAGAAAAUAUAAAAAGAAUCAAAUAGAAUGGAAAAUCUAAAUUUCUCGUUUAAAGUGCUUCGGAUAAAAGUUUUAGCGUUUAAAAAAAUCUAUUCACUGCUCUUACCCUGCAGUUUGACCCUGGAUGGCGUCGCCAGGGCAAGGUCAGUGGAAUUUUUAAACGUUAUGCAAAUGUGCAUGUAACACACAAAGUAUACAAAAGAAAGUAAACGACGAAAUAUUCCGAGCAAGAAUUCGAAGAGAGAAACACGCAAAUUUUUGUUUCACAAAAUAUAAGAAACAAAUAUGCGUUUCCCGUGGAGAAAUUCACCAUCACAAUCGCGUUCUUCCAGGCGUAUCGACUCCUAACUUAACGACAAUUUGCCACGCGAUCGUUUGCAGACUGGAGAGAAGAGAACAGAUGAAAGGUACCAGGCAUCUUAUCGCCCAGCAAAGAGAACUGAGAGCCAAGAUGCAGAGGAAGAGAGAGUGUAAAGCGGCGCAGAGAUUGAAAGUGUCGAGGCUCAUCAGGCAAGAGAAAUG